AUGGGAGCAGCCCCUUUUCACCCCUCGAUCCUCAAGGUCCGGCUUCCGAGGAAUUUCGACAAGCCAACAGACAUAAGGUACGAUGGGACGAAGGACCCCCAAAAUCACCUCACAGCCUUUGAAGCGAGAAUGAAUCUAGAAGGAGUAGGCGACGCAGCCAGGUGCCGGGCAUUCCCCGUGACGCUGGCCGGCCCAGCGAUUCGAUGGUUCAAUGCACUCCCACAAGGAUCAAUCACAGCCUUCGCGGACAUCUCUCAAAGUUUCCUAACUCGGUUCACAACACGCAUAGCCAAGGCAAAGCACCUGAUUAACUUGCUAGGGGUCACCCAGAAGCCCGGGGAACCGACCAGGAAGUUUCUAGACAGGUUCAACGAUGAGUGCUUGGAAAUCGACGGCCUCACGGACUUGGUCGCUAGCCUUUGCCUAACAAACGACCUACUAAAUGAAGACUUUAGAAAGCACCUCACAACUAAGCCCGUAUGGACCAUGCAGGAAAUUCAAAGCGUGGCCAAGGAAGACAUCAAUGAUGAGGAAGUAAGUCAGGUUGUAGCAGCCAACAAACGACAGCUCCCGAACCCACCAGCUCGGCAGGCCCCCCAGGUCGACAGAUAUAAGGAAGCUCCCAGAGACGGAACCCCAGCCAAGCAACACAAACAGCCCCCACGGGUAGGGAAGUUCACAAACUACACGCCACUCACAGCGCCCAUAGUGGAAGUCUACUAG